CGCGAAGAACCAAUGGAUCUCUCGUUGAGUACAAAACCGUUGGAAGUGGUGGACGGCAUAGUAAUGCCGCAAUUCGAGACACCCGUCAACGGCUCCCUCGGCCUCAGACACGGAGAGUUCAUACCGAAAGCGCCGCAACACGUGAUCGCCGACUCGAUUGACGGCAAAUCCAUUUGUUCCAUCUGUUCCAAGCAGUUCUCGAAGCCGUCGCAACUCAGACUCCACGAGAAUAUCCAUUACUUUGAGCGGCCGUUUAAGUGCGACUCGUGUGCCGUCAGCUUCCGGACCAAAGGCCACCUCCAGAAACACAAGCGUUCGGUUUCGCACUUCAAUAAAGUGACCAUCAAUUCGACGUUCGGCACGCCUUCGUCGGACAAUCCGCGGCCAUUCAAGUGCGCCGACUGUAAGAUCGCGUUCAGAAUUCACGGCCAUUUGGCCAAACAUUUGCGUUCAAAGAUGCAUAUCAUGAAACUCGAGUGUUUGGGGAAAUUGCCGUUCGGUAUGUACGCCGAGAUGGAGAGGUCGGGCGUCAACCUGAACGAGAUCGACACCACCGACUGCGAGAACUCGCUCCAGAGCCUGCAGAUGAUGGCCCAACGCCUGUACGAUCCGCGACAGAUGCGCUGGGCGUCCGAACCCGUGCCCGAAGGCGGUCCCACUCCUCCCAUUGACCACAAUAACGGCCACUCGUUUGACGACAACAACAGCGACUCUCACGUGAAGGACGAGCCAAACGACGCCUUUUAUCACUCAUUAGAGCGCGAGAGAAAACAGACAUCCGGUGUUGCGGUGACCAGUCAUCAAACACUGCCACCGAUGCCUCCAUUACUGUCCAGCGCUCGCCUUCCGUCGCAACUGUCGCCAGCCGUACGCCAAUCAUCGCCACCGCAGCCAACGUCCCGCUCGCCUCCCAUUUCGCCCCUACCAUUGCAACCACUCUCACAAUUACCACCACAACAACUACCAGUACCUCCUCCUCCGGUGGCGGCCGCACCACAACCACCUCCAGAGUCGGGCUUCACGUCCACGCGUUCCAACACUUGCCAUCUCUGCGCGCAGACAUUCAAGAGCGUGAAGUUUCUUCACGUCCACCUCUACUCCGAUCACCCGCCGGAAAGUCCGUCGUCUCAGGUCGACGACAGACUCGACUACGAGUGCGAUAUCUGUCAUAAAUCCUUCGCCGAUGGAGUUGUCUAUCAAAGGCACCUCUUGACCCAUACGGCCGCCCGACCCCACGUGUGCGACACGUGUGACGCCGGGUUCACCUCAUCGUUACUGUUGGGCUCUCACAUCCAAACACAUCAUCCAUUGGCUCAACAAACGACGGCAUGAGUUGUAUUCGUGUCACACGUCUUAUCAUUUUAUUUGCAGAGUUCUUAUGAUUUGUUAAAACUUUUUUUUGUUUUAAUUUAUUCAUUGAUAUAAAUCGUGCCCAAAAUUAUGUGUGUUAUUAAAUAUCCAUACAUUUUAUACUGUAUAUGAAAAGAGUUGUGAAUAUAGUUUUGUUUGCCAAUCAAAACCUUUUCCAUCGGUUUCCAAGUCUAGACUCGAAAGACUUUUUGCUUUUAAACCUUAGACUUUGAACGCAAAACCGUUUUUCUCUGUUUUAAUCAAAUCUCGUGUACUUUUUAUGAAAGUUUUUUAUCUCAAAUUCACAUAAAAGGCAAAACUUCUUAACUCUAGUUUUAUUUCAACAUAACCUUUGGUUUCGUAUUCAAUGACUAAUUGAAAACUAAUUUCUUUUGUUUUAUUUGCUUUUUAUUUCUCUUCUCUCUUCCUAUCAUUCGAGACAUUUAUUAUUGAUUUCAAUGAUAAAUAGAUUAAUCAUUAUUUUUUGGUUGCUUUUCUCGCUCUCAUUAUUAUACAUACCGUCGAGUCUUCCCAUCAAAUAGUAAAAUAUAUAUAAAAAACAAAUCUGUUAUCAAAUGACUGCAGAGAAUGAGACAUAAAAAUCUUUGAUAAAUAAUUAAAACUCUAAACCCAGAGAAACAACUGACACACAAAACAAUGAAACAAUUGAUGUUUUUCUUAUGUAAACUAUUAUAUAAAUAAUAUAAUACGAUAUCAUUUCACAUAUAAAUAUAAUUAAAGAGACACUCAUUUGACAUAUCAUUGCAAUCGACAUAACAUUUUCUGUGAAAAUAUACGAUAAAAAAGACAAAUAACUUAUAAAACGAUUUCUAAUUUUAAUAUAUAAUAUAUGAAGAAAAACGUAUAUAUAAUAUACAAUAUAAUAAUAAUUAGUGUUUUUUUUGCAAAUAAAUGAAAAACAUAUAAUAUUUGUGGUAAGAAAUUAAGGGUAUUUUUAUGAUGAUAAGAAUUAUUGCCACAUAAAAAUAAUUAAUACAAAAUACAAACGGAAAAUGAAUAUAACUUUUGACAUAAAACUCGUUUUCUAUGUAAAUAAUAGUGUAAUUCAUUGGAAACAAUGAUUUUUUCAAACAAAAAACUAAUUGAAAAUGAGUUUAAGUGACAAAAAUGUUUGUUAAAUAUAUUGAUUAUACAUAUGAUUAUAAUUAUUAUAAACACCAUUC